UUCUCUUUCUUUGAUGGUAUUGCAACAACUAUGGCCGUGGAACUCAUGAUGGGGUAUAGGAACGACAGUUUCGCUGAAGAGAAUGCGGUUCAAGAAGCAGCGUCUGGGUUAGAGAGCGUGGAGAAGCUCAUAAGGUUACUAUCACAGACUCAGCAACAACAAUACCAAUCUCCCAUGGAAAUUGAAACUGACUGCAGAGCUGUCGCUGACGUGGCGGUUUCCAAGUUCAAGAACGUGAUUUCGCUUCUGGGUCGAACUAGAACCGGUCACGCUCGUUUCAGAAGAGCCCCUUUACCUCCUCCUACCCCUCAAACUCAACAACCAUCUUCCGAACCUAGAGUCUAUCAUGCUACGCCGUUGCAGCAGAUCCCUCCCCCAACUCUUCAACCUUUCAUCCUCAAAAACGGGCUCACUGAGACAAAGGACUCUUCCAAGACCAUUUAUUUCUCACAUUCCUCUGCCGCUAGUUCUUUCGUUUCGUCCCUCACCGGCGACACUGACGUUAAACAACCGUGCUUGUCGUCGCCGGCGACGGCUUUUCAGAUCACGAAUCUUUCUCAGGUAUCCUCCGCUGGAAAGCCUCCUCUUUUUUCGUCUUCGACGAAGAGGAAGUGUAGCUCUGAAAACUUGGGUUCUGCUAAGUGUGGUAGUUCCUCUGGUCGCUGCCAUUGCUCGAAGAAAAGCAGAAAAAUGAGGUUGAAGAGGGUGGUGAGGGUACCGGCAAUAAGCUUGAAAAUGGCUGACAUUCCUCCUGAUGAUUAUUCUUGGAGGAAGUAUGGACAGAAACCUAUUAAAGGAUCCCCCCAUCCAAGGGGUUACUACAAGUGCAGCAGCGUUAGAGGGUGUCCAGCGCGGAAACACGUAGAACGGGCUUUGGAUGAUCCAUCUAUGCUGGUGGUUACCUAUGAAGGAGAUCACAAUCACACCCUCUCUGCGGCCGAAGCUACAAAUCUUAUCCUAGAAUCCUCUUAAACUAAUUAAUCAUUGUUUCCCACCACAAGUAUAUUCUCAUCGUGUCAUUGAUAGCUUGUACAAUUGCAAAUUUUACUCACUCAGCUUUUAUCUCGAAGGAGAUUGGUGGGUGUUCCAUGUUCCUGUACAAUAUUGGAUUCCAUUAUCUUUUCUUGUUCACUACAAAGACUUGGACCAACACUUUGAAUCCAU